CGUGAGGUAAGGUUGUUCUCUCUUCUGAACUGCUCGUGGUUUGUCGGGAAUCUUCCCCUCUUUCCAAACUUUGGAUAUUUAUAUCCACAUAAACCAACCCACCCUUCCUGUCUACACAAAUCCUCCCAUCAACACCAGCCCCACCACACAAACAAUGGCCUACCUACUCCCAGCCUUCCUUUCCUUCGUCUCCCUCACCACCGCCACCCCCCUCACCCCCCGCGCCGACCCCGUCUGCCCAACAAACGACUACCUCCCAGCCCCCGGCUCCUUCGUCUGGCCCCAGCUCAUGGUGCCAGUCAGCGCCGCCAACCCCGACACCGCCUACGGCACCGUGUACAGCCCGCGCAUCACGCCCAACGACUUCUGCACCAUCUUCAACCUCUACCUGCCGCAGAGCGCCGCGGGCAAGACGUGCUCGCUCGAGUUCCUCUUCCCCUCACAGGACCAGCUGCGCUCUAGCAGCUACGUCUUCGAGGGUCCAGGGCACUUCAACUUCACGGGCUUUGCGCUCGGCGCGGGAGCAGAGCUCGAUACGACGUGGAACAAGCAGCCGCCUGCUGGCUCAAGUGCGUUUGCUCUUUCUUUGCCCCUCUUUGCUUUGGUGAGUUUUGCGCUGCUUUUCAGCAUCUGACGCGGUGGGCAGGCCCGGCCGCGCCCCCGGCCGUCUUGGCUCCUGGCAAUGCCUACGUCGUCAACAGAGGCGGCUGCGACGUCCAGCCUGGUCAGGGCGAUCUCGAGGUCAGCGGCAUGCUGUGCAGCAACGAUACAACGUUCGAGUACUUCCAGAACCAGGACUUGUGCCCCAUUGGCUUUUACGUCGUAAUCUCGUAAACUUGAGAUGAGGCAGUCGGGACUCUGCCGGACGGAGGAGUGAGUGCUGGUUUUUUUUUUUUUUUUUUUUUUUUUUUUUUUUUUUUUUU